AAAAAAAAAAAGAGUCUAUAUAUAUUGCCUCUCAAGUCUCUCAGUGUCAUCAAAGUGUAAAGUGAAACAAAGACUUGAGUUACUAUGUCUACUACCGAAGAAAUGUCAGCAGUCAAAAACAAAACUCCCAUUAACGGCGUUGACCCAUCCUCCACCGUACGAGUUACCAUCAUUCAAUCUUCCACCGUCUAUAACGAUACUCCCGCCACUCUAGACAAGGCGGAGAAGUUUAUUGUAGAGGCGGCAAGCAAGGGUGCGAGGCUAGUGUUGUUCCCGGAGGCGUUUAUCGGUGGUUAUCCUCGUGGUUUUAGGUUUGGUUUAGCGGUGGGAGUUCAUAACGAAGAAGGGCGUGAUGAGUUCUGCAACUACCAUGCUUCUGCUAUUAAAGUUCCUGGCCCUGAAGUAGAAAGAUUGGCUGAGUUGGCCGGGAAAAACAAUGUGCAUUUGGUAAUGGGGGCUAUAGAGAAGGAUGGUUAUACACUCUAUUGUACCGCUCUUUUCUUCAGUCCACAAGGUCGGUUUUUAGGUAAGCACCGGAAAGUCAUGCCUACAUCUUUGGAACGUUGCAUAUGGGGUCAAGGGGACGGAUCAACCAUCCCCGUUUACGACACUCCCAUUGGCAAAAUUGGUGCUGCUAUUUGCUGGGAGAAUAGAAUGCCCCUCUAUAGAACUGCAUUAUACGCUAAAGGCAUUGAGAUUUAUUGUGCACCUACUGCUGAUUAUUCGUUGGAAUGGCAAGCAUCGAUGAUUCACAUUGCGGUAGAAGGUGGAUGUUUCGUGUUGUCAGCGCACCAGUUCUGCAAGCGCAAAGAGUUCCCUGAACAUCCUGAUUACUUGUUUAAUGACAUAGUAGACACUAAAGAACAUGAUCCUACUGUCUCCGGAGGUGGAAGUGUCAUUAUUUCACCUUUGGGACAGGUUCUCGCCGGACCAAACUAUGAAUCAGAGGGUCUCGUCACAGCUGAUCUUGAUCUUGGAGAUAUAGCAAGAGCCAAGUUAUACUUCGAUGUGGUUGGACAUUACUCAAAGCCAGAUAUUUUUAACUUGACUGUAAAUGAGCACCCGAAGAAACCGGUUACAUUCGUGACAAAGGUGGAGAAAGCGGAGGAUGAUUCAAACAAAUAGUCGAGAUUUGUCAUUCAUCUACUGGAGUUAAUGUCAGUCGUUUGGAGUCAACUUCAAAAAUGUGAUGUCGUGUUUUAAAAUUUAUGCUCAAGUUCAAGUUGGUUUAAUCUUUCUCUUCAAUAAUGUAAGUGACCAAUUGGAUAUGGUAAUUAAGAUCUAUGUUGUUCAAAUAAACCCAAUUGGUUCUCUCCAUAAUGUUUUAUCCAAUUUAAGUGUUGAUUGAAUCGCUUUGAUUUUA